AAUAGACGUCCCAUCUUCUUAGUACGUUCCUGUGCUUGGUACACGAUCAGUGUUCAAUAAAUAUUUAUUAAACAAAAUGAAUGGGGGCACCACCCCCCUCACUCUGUUUCAAGUGCCUUAGGGUCCCAGUUCACUAGAACUAAGAAUACAGGCAUAAGGUUAGAAUCAACAAAACAGGAAACUAAAAGUUAGUAUGGAGGAAUCUACCCCAAGACUUUCAGAGACUGCCUGUCAGCGUAUGACUGGAACCAAUCUGGAGUCUCUAAUGCCUCCCCCAGAGGCCUGCUUGUGCCUCCCACCCACAGCUCCCCACAUCUGUGGAAUUUUACAUUAAAAACUCCUCAUUUCCCCUCCACCAUGACCGGCUGCUGAGUGACACUCAGUGAGUCACUGUGGACCAAGCACAGAGGCUACAGCGCUUGGGUAGUCAGGACCUCCCUGAGCUGGAGAAAGAAAAGAUACGGUGAGAUAAGCAGAUUUUUCACCUGAAAAACUAUGUAUCCCUCACAGGGCUGUCACAGGCAGUGCCUGAAGCAGUGUCCUAAAGCACUUGACACGGGGCCCCACCCAGAGCAAGAGCUCAGGGAAUGUGAGCCACAACUAUUAGGAGCCCUGGUGUCCAUCGAUAAAUGUUUACAGAGGCCUUUGCAUUUGCUUUAAUACAUCAGAGAUGAAUCAGUCAGCCGCAGCCACGCACACGAAUGAGCAGACAUGAGGGGACUCAGAAUGCGUCUCAGAGACAGGCCACAGCACUUGUGAGAGAAGGUGGGAGCAAAGGUCACCCCCAGGUUGGGCAAGCAGAGGGGGAGUGAGGGAAUGGUUCAGGAGGAAGUGGUAUCUGCAAUGGCUCUAGAAGAUACUGUUUUCAAGCGGAGGGAAGAGCCAGGGUGGAGGAAGAACUGGAAAGAGAAGAGAAGAUGAUCAGCAAAGAGGUGGAGACUGAGUGUACAGGAAAUGCUUGAAGAACAUCAAGGAAUUAUGAGCAUACAUGAAAGGAAAACAAGGACACGGCUGAGUCCAGCUAAUGCACACGGGGCCCAACAGCCAAGAGCAGAGAGGACACAUUCCAGGUUUCCAACACCGGAGUGUCACAGGCCAAGCUUUGCUUAGGAGUCAUCUCUUGGUCCCUCUAACACCUUGGACAGGCAAGGAGGUAACUGGCAACCGUGAUGUGCACUAGGUGGAGGUGGGAGGGAAUGAGGGGGGAGGCAGGACUGGCUUAGCGACUGCUGCAGAGCCAGCAAGAAGCCUUCCAGUCAUCCAGUCGCUGUGAACUUCCUCUUUAGACAGGUCUCACCUGCCGUUGAACGACUCCUCAUCUCAGAGUUGUUCUGGAUCUCUGUACUGUGGCAACUCAGGCACAUAACACCAGGCCCCAACCUGGCUGAGAUGGAGGACGGGGAAGGAAAGCCAAUCAAAACCACCAGGGGCAGGGAGAGGCCAUUCUCCAGCUGGGUGUAGCGGGUUUUGUGGCUGCAAUAUUCAUAGUUAGCCACUAGAUGGCAGUUAAGAGCAACAGCUUCCAGCUGAGUAGCCCAAAGGGUGCCUGACCCGCGAGAAGUACCAAAUAGGUUGGUCCUCCCAGUAGAGAACAAAGGUCCCUCAACCUAAACCUCACCCUCAUUCUCAUCCUGUGUUGGGCUGACCCUCCACUGAUUUGUACUUGAGAAAGAGUGACCCCUACAGAUUGAAAGGCAAACUAGGGAACCCGGGAUCCUUGCUCUGUUGAGGCAGCAGGCAGAUACCUCCAGUCAUAUUCUUUCCUGUCACACAGACGUCCUCAAAUUUGAAUCUGGCUCCAAGAGUCUACUGCGUGUAUGAAGGCCUGCAGGUAUGAGCCAUGAGGUCAACGUGGAUUCAGCUGGCGGCUGCUCCCUUCUGGAAGGCAACUGUUGUGUUUCAAGGGAGUAGGAUGUACCGUGGACACGAUCUCUUCCUUCAUCCUCUAAAUCAGGGGCUUGCCAAGAAGCUGCUGGCAAUCCGGAGGCUAACUGGAGGCCCUGGACCCUGUGCAGAGGUGCAAAAGUCCUGCCACCUGGCUACCUUCUUCUUCACCGUCACAGGUCAAAGGGCAGAACUUUCAACACCCGCUAACUCCUCCCUGCCCAGGAGCAGCCCCGUGGCAGAGGCGGGUGUACGUGUGCCUGAGCAGUAUUUCCUAGUUAAUAGAUAAAGGGGAAACAGGCUCAGACACGAUGACAGGGAGAGGGAAACAGACAGCAAGAGAGAGAAACACACACAGAGGUGAGGGACAAAAAACACAAAAGGAAAGGCAGGACUAUCAAAGAAGAAAGACUUUCAGUGAAGAGCAAGAAAGGAAGCCUAAACAUUUCCUCAUUUAAACAUUUACUGUGAGGAAACGUCUUCAUUAGUCAUUACUUUCACCUGCCAUUUCCAGGCAUCCACUCAGGACUCCUCAAGAUACCGAGAAACAGAAAGGUGCAUCAUGCUAGCUGGGUAACUGGGCCAAGAGGCAACGCGACUGACUCAGUGAUCCAGGGCAAGGGAACAGCAGAUGUGUAGGUGACCUGGAAAACUGCAGCUGGAGACUCUGAAACCCCUUUGCCCACUUGCUGGUACUGGGUGGAGCUAGAGCUCCUCGUUACUAAUAGAUGAUAAAAUGCCACUCCACCCUCUCAGUUCCUGCCCCCACUCUCUCUCUCUGCUCACUUUGAUCCACGUUUGUUGUUCCAGUCUAAUGAGUCAGAGUGAAGACAAGAACAUUAUUUAUUUUGCUUUUAGCUGACCUGAGGCAAAAAACCCUGGCUAAAAAGAUUGUGCAGUAGCAGAGGCAUAGCUGGGGAAGAUGUAUAGGAUGUUGACUUCCUAUUUUCUCACCACUAAAAACUCUCUUUUUAUUAUUUCUCUCUCAAUGACUAAGUACAUACAAUUUUUAAAGAUAAUAUUAAAUGCUAUUGGUCUAAAAUAGUGAUGUAAUAAAAAUCAAAUUUAGUAAGUCUGAAUGUAGGGACAUGGCUAUUAUUUUGUGUAUAUUUUUGGUUUUUUUUUCCUAGUGAACAUUAAGAGUGUUUUUGAAAGCAUAUUCAGCUUUAUUUCUAAAAUGGCUGGUGUUUUCAGAAAGAAGGAACAUGUGUAAUACCAUAAGGCUUUUUGGGGUUAUUGAAAUCAGUUCUCUGACCACUACUUUUGGGAUUCUAUGUGGUAGAAAUAAUUCUGCCAUUAUAUGGGUUCUAAGAAUUUACUCUUCCCCUGAGGAAAGAUAAUCUGUUGUUGACCCUUUAUCCAAAAAUCUUCCAGCCAACUGAAGCUCAAUACAUGCAGUAUUGGACAAACCUUUUAACCUUUCUGGACCACAGCUUUUUCUUUGGGUUAAUUGAAAGAUUUGAACCAGGUGUCCUAUAAGGACUCUCUCAGUUAAGUUACAAGUGGGAAGGAGAAAAGAAAUAGAGGUGUUGAAGGAAAGAAGGACAGAGGCAAAUGUGUCAGUACACCACACAGAGUACUGUUUUAAUCACCAUCUGGUGCUCACAUUUUCAGUUUUUAUGUGAACAGGUGUGUAAAAGACAGAAAGAAAGGGAGUGAAAAAUAGAAUGAAGGAGGAGAGUGGAGGGAGAGCAAGAUGGAGAGAAAUAUGUUUCUCUGUUUCUUUACCAAGGGUUCAAGGAGGCCACGGCCUUGGGCCAUCAGCCAGCCCUUAGACACUGCAGCAGAUAUUGUCCUCAGGUAUGAGGAUGUUUCCAAUUGUAAAAUACGCUUUGGCUUCUGGGGACUGGCUGAAAUCUGCAUCUACCUUGGCCAGGCUCUCACUCGGUUGCUGUCACUCUGUUGUCACAACUGCCGCACACUAUCCAGAGGACAGCUGCUUGGGAAGUGAGAGCCCCAUUAACAUUCCGGUGCCUCUGGUUCUAGACCUAAUAAAACCAGGGCCUUGUGCUAUGAACCUGGACAAUUCCCUCUCCAUUCCUGUUAUUACUGCCAAGCUGGCCAUAAGGAAACCAAGAGUGAGAAGGGAACGCUGCAGAAGAGAAAGACCCAAGACCUGGGUUUCAGGGCUGGGAAAGAAAGCAAGACGGAAUGGAGGAAAUGAGGCCUGCAGGACAUGCAGUCCCAAAUGUUUGCAUCACCUUUGAAGUAGCCUAUCACAGCUGCAUUCCACGACUCUUCAAUGCCCUCAUCCCUUCUCCAGAUGGAAAUGGAGCAGCUCUUCCUGGAGGCCAGGCUUCAACUGAUGGCGAGUCUGAGGCCAAGAGGAACAAGAGUGACUCCAUGCUGCUGCUCAGAAACCAGCAGCUGUGCUCCACAUGUCGAGAAAUGAAAAUGGUACAACCAAGAACAAUGAAAAUCCUAGAUGAUCCAAAAGUAUCCUUUGAGAAUUUUAUGAGUCAUAGAAUGAUGAGUCUUCAUCAGCCCAAAGUCCAGACUACACCUGAGCCUUUCCAUGAUGACAUCCCAACAGAGAGCAUUCACUACAGACUGCCCAUUCUGGGCCCCAGGACAGCUGUCUUCCACGGAUUACUGUCAGAAGUCUACAAAAUUCUGCAGGAGAGACGACGUUCUUCCUUUCAGAAACCAGUGGGCAAGACCAUGAAGCAGUGAGCGGUAUGAGUUCAUCAUCUUUGACCCCAGCACCUUCUCCUCACAAUUUUCUCUCCUCUCCAAAAAGAUGAUUUCAUUUUGGCUUCCUAAGAGUUGCUGGUAUUCUGGCCCUCACCUCUAUUUUCUCUCUCGCUUCUCCUAAAGACAAGCUGGUUUAAUUUACAUGAUUUUAAAGACUCGUUGAUGAAAAUGGAA